AUGCACGACAAGCAGAAGCCAGCACCUCCAGUGCCUUUUAUCCGAAGCGAUACUGAUCUAGUGCUCGGUGCUGCUGCUGGCAAUGAUUUGCUCAGUCAAAAUCAGCUCAUAUACUCAGAUCCAGAGCUUCAACUAGACCCAUCUACAAGUCAAAGCCCCGAUGCAACCCCUUCAGUGCCAGAAAUGGAUCAAGGUGAUCAAGCGAUGUCGGACCAAUCGGUGCACGAAAAUGAUAGGCGCGAAUCGCUUACAGUACCAAAGUAA